UCAACUAUUAUAAUCAUCAACUAUCAUCUUUCUUGAUUCAGCACUCUACCCCCAUGGCUUCCUCACCAAACACAAAACUAGAUGGAGUAGGUGGUGCUACUGGGAUGAAACCCAUUCCAAUUCAUGAAAACGUUCUGCAGAAGCAUGUUGCCUUCUUUGACAAGAAUCAAGAUGGUGUUAUUUACCCAUGGGAGACUUAUCAAGGUUUACGUGAAAUUGGGAAUGGGAUCUUGUUCUCCUUUGGACUUUCUCUUUUCAUCAAUUUGUCCCUUAGUCAAUCCACUCGUCCAGGGAAAUUUCCAUCUAUACUUUUCCCAAUUGAAAUUAAGAACAUCAAACUCGGCAAACAUGGCAGUGACACUGGAGCCUAUGAUACUGAAGGAAGGUUUGUUCCUUCAAAAUUUGAAGAAAUUUUCACAAAACAUGCACAUACUCAUCCAAAUGCUUUAACACAUGAUGAGCUAAAGGAGAUGAUAAAGGAAAAUAGGGAGCCCAAAGAUUUAAAAGGAAGGAUUGGUGGCGAGAUUGAAUGGGAAAUCCUUUACAAAGUUGCCAAAGACAAGAAUGGCUUACUAAAAAAGGAAACAAUCCGAGGUGUUUAUGAUGGAAGCUUGUUUGAACUGUUGAAAGAGGAACAUUCAGGGCACAAAAAGAAGUGAUUCAAUCUUUUUUAUAUGUUAUGUAAAAGGAAGAAGUUGUUCGUUGUGAGAAAGCUGAUUUAUAAGAACAGAUGGCCAAAAUAUAACAAUUUAGUUUGUCUUUAAGCUUUAUUUGUUCAAGUUAAAUAUAUCUAUGUCAUCUAUAUUAAUCUU